AUGAGCAAUCCUGGGCAGCCCACGGGCGACUCUGCAAUGGGCCCUCCCGCUUUCCAAAGCGCUACCUCCUUCCUCAAAUCCACCGAAACACUCGCGGGUCCGGGUGCAGCCUCUUUCCGGAACGCUUCUGGUGGUCAGCCGCAAGUCAUAGACUCGGAAGACUCGAGCAGCGAUACACAGCCCCAGUGUGGCCCCAGUGCGCCGCCAGUUCAGCCCCAGGCGGGAUCCUCUCGGCCUAUCAACAGACCCGCUUCCAGUAAAAGCAGUAUCGUCUACAAUUCUGUCCAACGGCGCAACCCUGUGCUUGGUGCUAUAAGAAGCGUGGGUAUCGAGAUUGGCGAUAUUCCAGCAGACUAUCAAGUUGGUGCGCACAACGGUGUCCUCUUUCUCAGGCAAUGUAGUCUCAAAUACCACCGGCUCCAUCCCGAGUAUAUCCAUCAGCGGAUCGAAAAGAUGAAAAACAUGUACAAUCUGCGUAUUAUCCUCGUGCUCUGCGAUGUGAACGAACAUCAACAAUCUCUUCGAGAGCUCAGCAAGAUCGCCAUCAUUAACGACUUUACGGUCUUUGUCGCUUGGUCUAACGAAGAAAUCGCCCAGUAUCUGGUCACGUUCAAGCAAUUUGAGCACAAGUCUGCCGACAUGUUGAAGGAACGGGUACAGCAGACGUACCACGACCAGCUCCAGCAUGUAUUGACGAGCGGGAAAAAGGUCAACAAGACGGAUGCGGAUAAUUUGGCUGCCGAGUUUGGGUCUUUGGACAACAUGUCGCGCAAGUCGGCAAAGGCAUUGUCCAACGUCAAGGGUCUAGGUGCCACCAAGGUCACAUCGCUUGUAGACGCUUUCAACAAGCCCUUCCUGGUCGGGGGUCUCAAACGACCAGAGAAGACCACCAGCCCAAGACGGCAGCAAGGCAGGGAAGAGAGUAUCUAUGUGGGCAGCAGCCCUGAUCCAUCGGUGGCUCAGGACGGGGUGAAUGGGGCAGAUGGGGAGAUGGAUGAAGCCGUGGUAUGGCGCGACCCCCUGGAUGAUGAUGACGAGGAGGAGGCGCCGUCACCAAAGAGGACCAGAGUGGAUGAUGUGUAG